AGGUCUUUAUUCAUCUCAUCUCUCUCUUCCCCUUUUCCUCCUCUUCCUCCUCCUCCACCACCACCACCACCACCUCCUCCUCCUCCUCCGCGGCGGCCACCGCCUCCUCUUGCAUCUCACUGGCCUGGCUCUGAGAGGCUUUGAGUGACAAAGACAAUGUCCCAGCCUUAACUUUGCAACCACCUUGCCUCCUUCUAGGGUUGAGCGCGGGGGGUGGGGGCAGCGGCCGCAGCUUCAGCAUCUCCUCCAGCUUCUGCUGCGCUUCUCCAGCUCUUGGGAGAAUUCUUCCCUCCUCCACCACCCCCCUCCCCAGACCUUUUCUCAUCUCUUUCUUUCUUUCCCUUCCUCUCUCCUGCACGUUGUUGUUGUUAUUAGAAAGGCUUCGCGCACCCCCUGGUGCUCCGGCGUUUUGUGCGGCAGGAGAAGAUUGUCUUCUCUCUUUCUGUCUUGCUUUCUCUCUCCCUCUGGUUGCUCAUUAUUCAGAGAGAGACACAGAGGGAGGGAGAGGGAGAGAGAGAGAGAGAGUGCGCGCGCGAGAGAGGGAGGAGAGGAGAGAGAAGAGCAAAGAGAGAGCGAGCGAGGAGAGAGUGAGUGAGGAGAGGGAGGGAGAGAGAGAGAGAGAGGGAGAGAGACGGAUAUCUCAGGUCAUCUGCAGCUGCAGCGAGUCUGAGGAGCCGAGGAAGGCAGGGAAGAUGGCGAUCCUCCAUUGCUGAGACCCGGCAGAAGCACAUGAGACUCCCAAACAACUUCCACAACAAUAACCCGAGCAGGAAGAGGAGAAAGAGAAAGAGGAUAAGGAGGCGGUGGGGCUGGAGAACCCAAAGCACCUCCCGGCGCCGGGACGCUUCUUCCGUUCCUGAUGUGAGAGGGUAGCCCCAGAUCAUGGAGGUGCUUCAGUGCGAUGGCUGUGACUUCCGAGCCCCAUCUUACGAAGAUCUCAAGGCGCACAUCCAGGAUGUCCAUACAGCGUUCCUACAGCCGACUGAUGUUGCUGAGGACAUUGAUGAUGAGCCACGAUCCGGGUCCAUGAAUGCCAGCAACCAGACAGAGAUGGAGUUUUCUUCUAUAAAGGAUGAGUUUGCCAUUGCAGAGGAUUUAUCAGGUCAAAGUGCAACUGCAUUGGGGACCGGAAGUUACUAUGGCCACAGUCCAGGAUAUUACGGUCAGCAUAUUGCCCCUAAUCCCAAACCAACCAACAAGUUUUUUCAAUGCAAGUUCUGUGUACGCUACUUCAGGUCAAAAAACCUCCUCAUAGAACAUACUAGGAAGGUCCACGGAGCUCAAGCUGAAGGGAGUUCACCAGGACCUCCUGUUCCAGGAUCCUUAAAUUAUAACAUCAUGAUGCACGAAGGAUUUGGGAAGGUCUUCUCUUGCCAGUUUUGCACAUACAAGUCACCCAGGAGGGCAAGAAUACUGAAGCACCAGAAGAUGUACCACAAAAACAACUUGAAGGAAUCCACAGCUCCGCCCCCUCCCCCCACGCCUCUUCCAGAUCCUACGGUCCCACCUGUGUCCCUGCAGGACCCCUGCAAGGAACUGCCAGCAGAGGUUGUGGAACGCAGCAUCUUAGAAUCCAUGGUCAAGCCUCUGACCAAGUCGAGAGGCAACUUUUGCUGUGAGUGGUGCAGCUACCAGACGCCCCGCCGAGAACGCUGGUGUGAUCACAUGAUGAAGAAACACCGGAGUAUGGUCAAGAUCCUUUCCAGUCUCAGGCAGCAGCAAGAAGGGACUAAUGUACCUGAAGUGCAGAACAAGAAUCCCCCUAGCCCCACACCUAACUCCACCUACCUGUCCAUGAAUGCUGCAAGCCGGGAGUUACCCAGCACUAAUGUCUCCAACUUCAGGGGCUCCAUGGGCAACUCCAUCAUGAGACCCAAUUCUUCAGCUUCCAAGUUUUCAUCCGUGUCUUACCCUCAGAUGAAGCCGAAGUCACCUCAUAAUUCUGGCCUCGUUAACUUGACAGAGAGAUCCCACUAUGGAAUGACGGACAUGACCAGUUCUGCUGACCUGGACACUAACAGCAUGCUAAAUGACUCUAGUUCUGAUGAAGAGUUAAAUGAAAUAGAUAGUGAGAAUGGCUUAAAUGCUCUCGAUCACCAGACACCAGGCCUGUCUGCAGAGCAGCUGAUGGGCUCCGAUGGCAACAAAUUAUUGGAGACCAAGGGGAUUCCGUUUAGAAGGUUCAUGAAUAGGUUCCAGUGCCCCUUUUGUCCUUUCCUCACCAUGCACCGGCGUAGCAUCUCCCGUCACAUAGAAAACAUCCACUUAUCUGGAAAGACAGCUGUCUACAAAUGUGACGAGUGUCCAUUUACUUGUAAGAGCUCAUUAAAACUUGGGGCUCACAAACAGUGUCACACGGGUACAUCAGAUUGGGAUGCUGUGAAUUCCCAGAGUGAGAGCCUUUCUUCCUCCCUAAAUGAAGGUGUGCUGUCUUAUGACAGCUCGAGCAUCAAUGGUAGGAAGUCGGGAGUCAUGUUGGAUCCCUUGCAGCAGCAGCAGCCACCGCAGCCUCCGCCGCUACCGCCGCCGCUGCCCCCGCCACCGUCACAGCCACUGCAGCAGCCGCCGCUACCGUCGCCACACCAGGUGCCACCCCAGCCCCAGCCACCACCAACGCAGCAGCCUCAGCCACCCACACCAAUGCCGCCCUUACACCCUUAUAAGUGCACCAUGUGUAAUUACUCCACCACCACUCUGAAAGGGCUACGAGUUCAUCAGCAGCACAAGCAUUCAUUCUGCGACAACUUGCCAAAAUUCGAGGGGCAGCCAUCAAGCCUACCACUGGAAAACGAGACCGACAGCCUCCCCUCUUCCAGCAACACUGUGAAGAAAAGUCAGACCUCAAUUCUUGGGUUGUCCUCCAAGAACAAUUUUGUAGCUAAGGCCUCUAGAAAGCUUGUUAAUGACUUUCCUCUCGAUUUAUCACCUGUGAAGAAGAGAACUAGGAUCGAUGAGAUUGCAAGCAACCUGCAGAGUAAAAUCAACCAGACCAAACAGCAGGAGGACGCGGUGAUCAACGUGGAGGACGACGAGGAGGAAGAGGAGGACAACGAAGUGGAGAUAGAAGUUGAGCUGGACAGGGAAGAAGAGCCAGCAGAACCCCUCUUGGAGGUUCCCACUUCCUUUUCAGCUCAACAGAUCUGGGCCAGAGACACCGGCGAGCCUCAGAAAGAACCCAGCUUCAGGAGCAUCGCCCACGAUUACAACGCCACCAACGGGGCUGAGAUUGAGCUCACCCUUUCUGAAGACGAAGAGGAUUAUUACGGCUCCUCGGCGAACGUGAAAGACCAUCAGGUUGCCAACACCGCUCUGCUCAACCCUCAGACCCCUCUCUAUGGGACUGAGCAUAGUACUGAGAAUACAGACUUUGGUGACUCAGGAAGGCUUUACUAUUGUAAACACUGUGACUUUAACAACAAGUCUGCCCGGAGCGUGAGCACUCACUACCAGCGAAUGCACCCAUACAUUAAGUUUAGCUUUAGGUAUAUCUUGGACCCCAAUGAUCACAGUGCAGUGUACAGGUGCCUGGAAUGCUACAUUGACUACACCAACUUCGAAGAUCUCCAGCAGCACUACGGUGAACACCACCCAGAAGCCAUGAAUGUACUCAACUUUGACCAUUCGGACCUGAUCUACCGGUGUCGGUUUUGUUCCUACACGAGCCCGAAUGUUAGAAGCCUGAUGCCACAUUACCAAAGAAUGCAUCCCACGGUGAAGAUCAACAACGCAAUGAUAUUUUCUAGUUACGUCGUGGAGCAGCAAGAAGGGCUAAACACCGAAUCCCAGACCCUGCGGGAGAUUCUGAAUUCGGCUCCUAAGAACAUGGCCACAUCCACUCCCGUGGCUCGUGGUGGUGGGAUGUCAGCUAUGUAUAAUAAAAACACCCCUGCAAAGACCUUUACUCCAGAAUGUGAAAACCAGAAGGACCCUGCAGUCAACACCGUUGUUGUUUAUGACUGUGACGUUUGCUCCUUUGCAAGCCCCAACAUGCAUUCUGUCCUGGUUCAUUAUCAGAAGAAACACCCUGAAGAAAAGGCCUCCUACUUUAGGAUCCAGAAAACCAUGCGCAUGGUGUCUGUGGACAGGGGCGCUGCCCUUUCCCAAUUAUCAUUUGAGGUGGGUGCUCCAAUGUCUCCCAAAAUGUCCAACAUGGGUUCCCCACCCCCCCCACAGCCCCCGCCACCAGACCUCAGUCUGGAGCUCUAUUACUGCAAACACUGCUCCUACAGCAACCGGUCAGUUGUGGGAGUGCUUGUUCACUACCAGAAAAGACACCCAGAAAUAAAGGUCACUGCCAAAUAUAUCAGGCAGGCUCCUCCCACAGCUGCAUUGAUGAGAGGGGUUGAAGGGCUGCAAGGCUCCCCUCUGCCUUCUGCCCCCAUGCAACAGCUGAACCGGAGCAGCUCUGAGAGAGAUGGCCCUCCUGUGGAGAAUGAGAUGUUCUUUUGCCAGCACUGCGAUUACGGGAACCGGACGGUCAAAGGUGUACUCAUACAUUAUCAGAAGAAGCACCGAGACUUCAAGGCCAACGCAGAUGUGAUCCGGCAGCACACAGCUACCAUCCGGAGCCUCUGCGACCGAAACCAGAACAGUUGCAUGCUUCUGCCUGCUUCUGGUGUGGAACGGGACAAAACGAAACUCCGAGCACUCAAGUGCAGGCAGUGCUCGUAUACCUCCCCCUAUUUCUAUGCACUGAGGAAACACAUUAAGAAAGACCACCCUUCCCUGAAGGCCACAGUCACGUCCAUUAUGAGGUGGGCCUUCUUAGAUGGCUUGAUAGAAGCUGGCUACCACUGCGAGUGGUGCAUCUAUUCCCAUACGGAGCCCAAUGGUUUGCUCCUACAUUACCAAAGGAGGCAUCCGGAACAUUAUGUUGAUUACACUUACAUGGCCACUAAACUCUGGGCUGGGCCAGACCCAUCCUCUCCCUCUCUCACCAUGCCAGCUGAAGCCAAAACAUAUAGAUGCAGGGACUGUGUUUUUGAAGCUGUCUCCAUAUGGGACAUCACCAAUCAUUACCAAGCAUUCCACCCUUGGGCCAUGAAUGGUGAUGAGUCUGUGUUGUUGGAUAUCAUCAAGGAGAAAGAUGGUGUGGAGAAGCCCAUCCUGGCACCUGAAGAGUUGGUAGGCCCUAUGAAUUGUGAAAACACUAUGCCCGUCCCCCUCCCAGAGCAGGAAGCCGAGUGUCCAGAGGACACAAGACUUUCCCCUGAGAAAACCAUGCACCUAGCUUCAGCGAACCCCGCCAUAUCCUCCACCCCGUACCAGUGUACUGUGUGCCAGUCCGAGUACAACAACUUGCAUGGCCUCCUCACGCACUACGGGAAGAAGCACCCUGGCAUGAAAGUGAAGGCAGCUGACUUUGCCCAGGACAUUGACAUCAACCCGGGCGCUGUCUAUAAAUGCAGGCACUGCCCCUAUAUCAACACCCGCAUUCACGGCGUCCUGACCCACUACCAGAAGCGGCACCCCGCCAUUAAGGUGACUGCUGAGGACUUUGUGCACGACGUGGAGCAGUCUACUGACAUAUCCCAGAAUGAUGUGGAGGAGACGAGCAGGAUUUUCAAGCAAGGGUACGGUGCCUACCGGUGCAAACUGUGUCCGUACACGCACGGCACUUUGGAGAAACUCAAGAUCCACUAUGAGAAGUACCACAAUCAGCCAGAAUUUGAUGUCUUCUCCCCAUCGCCCCCGAAGCUGCCAGUUUCCCUAGAGCCCGAGAUGACCACUGAGGUGAGCCCCUCCCAGGUCUCUGUGACUGAGGAGGAGGUAGGAGAUGAGCCCAUGUCCACUUCUCACUUCUCUACCUCGCAUCUGGUCUCCCACACGGUGUUCCGGUGCCAGCUCUGCAAGUACUUCUGCUCCACGAGGAAGGGCAUUGCCAGGCACUACCGCAUCAAGCACAACAACGUCCGGGCCCAGCCGGAGGGCAAGAACAACCUCUUCAAGUGCGCCCUCUGUGCCUACACCAACCCCAUCCGCAAAGGCCUGGCAGCCCACUACCAGAAGCGCCACGACAUUGAUGCAUAUUACACUCACUGCCUCGCGGCCUCCAGGACCAUCAGCGACAAGCCCAACAAGGUGAUCAUCCCAUCCCCACCCAAAGAUGACUCUCCUCAGCUGAGUGAGGAACUUCGGCGGGCCGUGGAGAAGAAAAAGUGCUCCUUGUGUUCCUUCCAGUCGUUCAGCAAGAAAGGCAUCGUGUCGCAUUACAUGAAGCGCCACCCUGGGGUGUUUCCAAAGAAGCAGCACGCCAGCAAGUUGGGGGGCUACUUCACUGCCGUGUACGCAGAUGAGCAUGAGAAGCCGCCAUUGAUGGAAGAGGAGGAGAGAGGCAGCUUCGAGAAAGCCGAGGUAGAGGGCGAAUCUCAGGAAAUCGAGUGGCUCCCGUUUCGCUGCAUCAAAUGCUUCAAGCUGUCCUUUAGCACGGCGGAGCUGCUGUGUAUGCAUUACACGGACCACCACAGCCGGGACCUCAAGAGGGACUUCGUCAUUCUGGGCAGUGGCCCCCGCUUCCAGAACUCCACCUACCAGUGUAAGCACUGUGAUAGCAAAUUGCAAAGCACAGCCGAGCUGACCUCACACUUGAACAUUCACAAUGAGGAAUUCCAGAAGCGUGCCAAACGUCAGGAGAGGAGGAAACAGCUUUUGAGCAAGCAGAAAUAUGCAGAUGGUGCUUUUGCAGAUUUCAAACAAGAGAGGCCUUUUGGUCAGUUGGAGGAAGUGCCAAAGAUCAAGGAGAGAAAAGUGGUGGGCUACAAGUGCAAAUUCUGCGUGGAAGUGCACCCAACGCUCCGUGCCAUCUGCAAUCACCUCCGGAAGCACGUGCAGUACGGCAGUGUCCCUGCUGUGAAGGGGCUGCGUUCUCAUGAGAGGAGCCACCUGGCCCUGGCCAUGUUUACCCGAGAGGACAAGUACAGCUGCCAGUAUUGCUCCUUUGUUUCUGCUUUCAGGCACAAUUUGGACCGCCAUAUGCAGACCCACCAUGGACACCACAAACCGUUCCGAUGCAAGCUCUGCUCCUUCAAGUCCUCCUACAACAGUCGGCUGAAGACUCACAUUCUCAAAGCUCAUGCCGGUGAACAUGCCUACAAGUGUUCUUGGUGCUCAUUCUCCACCAUGACAAUCAGCCAGUUGAAGGAACACUCCCUCAAGGUGCACGGAAAAGCCCUGACCCUCCCCCGGCCACGGAUAGUCAGUCUCCUCUCCUCACAUGCCCACCACACCUCCCAAAAGGCUACUGCAGCCGAAGAAGUAGAAGACUCCAAUGGCAGCUGCAGGUUACGCGGGACUAUGUUGAAUUCGAACCUCCGCAUCCAAAGCAGCGUGCUGGGAAAAGACUCCUCUUACUCGGAGCCCCCGGAUGUUCAGCAACAGUUGAAUCACUAUCAAUCAGCUGCCCUGGCAAGAAAUAACAGCCGCGUUAGCCCAGUACCUCUCUCUGGGGCUGCUGCUGGCACUGAGCAGAAAACUGAAGCUGUUCUUCACUGCGAAUUCUGUGAAUUCUCCUCUGGCUACAUCCAGAGCAUCCGGCGCCAUUACCGGGACAAGCACGGCGGGAAGAAACUUUUCAAGUGCAAAGACUGCUCUUUUUAUACAGGCUUUAAAUCUGCUUUUACUAUGCAUGUGGAUGCUGGGCAUUCGGCGGUUCCUGAGGAGGGCCCCAAAGAUCUCCGUUGUCCCCUCUGCCUCUAUCACACCAAAUACAAGCGCAACAUGAUCGACCACAUCGUGCUGCACCGAGAAGAGCGAGUUGUCCCCAUUGAAGUGUGCCGUUCCAAACUGUCCAAAUACUUGCAGGGAGUAGUUUUCCGCUGUGAUAAGUGCACCUUCACCUGCUCCAGUGACGAGAGCCUCCAGCAACACAUAGAAAAGCACAAUGAACUGAGACCAUACAAAUGCCAGCUCUGCUACUAUGAGACCAAGCACACGGAGGAACUGGACAGUCACCUUCGGGAUGAGCAUAAGGUAAGCCGGAACUUUGAGCUGGUUGGACGGGUUAACUUGGAUCAGCUGGAACAGAUGAAGGAGAGAAUGGAGAGCUCCAGCAGCGACGAUGAGGACAAGGAUGACGAAGUGAGCAGCAAGGCUGAAGACAGAGAGCUGAUAAGAUUUUCUGAUCGAGGGGCUGCUAUCAACACUGAGAAGCGUUUUCCAUGUGAAUUCUGUGGACGGGCAUUUUCACAGGGCUCUGAGUGGGAAAGACAUGUGCUGAGACAUGGCAUGGCGUUGCACGACACUAAGCAGGUGAGCAGAGAUGAGGUCCACCCAAAGGAGUCAAUGGGGGACAGUGUGCAGGUGCCCUCCAUGGAGGCAAAAGACGAUGAUGAGCCAAUGGGGAUAGACUUUUCCCUGCCGAGUGAAACUGUAGCCAUCUGUGUGGUAGCUGCGGACAAAUCUCUCAUGGAGAAUGCAGAGGCCAAAAAUGAAUGAGUUUGGUGAAAUUCUUAAAUCAAACCUUACUUGAACCGUGAUGAAAAAGUGGGAGGGCCGGCGUGGGCUGAGAAGGGAGGGGCAGGAAAGAGAAGACAGAACAAAGCUGCUCUUUAGGACCUGAACAAUCUAUUUUCAAAGCACUGGUACCCGUGUGAGUGAGUAUGUAAAUUAAAGUUAUUUAAAUGGUUGGAUAUGUGACUCCUUUUCCAUCACUACAUCUUUCCUUCUGGAUCUCCACCCCGGAAGUUUCAUCUGCUGCGGAUCUGGAAGCUCCUUCCCCGGCCACGGCACUGUCCGUGGCCAUCUCGGACAGUACGUGGAAACCGGAGCUCUGGGACAGUAGGAGACCUCUCUUGUAGGGGAACAACUUUUGGACGCACAACUUUGAGUGCGUUUUUCUAGUUUUAAUACCUUAAGCUUUUUCAAGACCUAACUGCAGCCGCUUUGGGAAAAAAAAAAACAAAACAAAACAAAACAAAAAAACAGAAAACAAAACUGCUUUGCAUAAACAGUCACCUGUUUCCUAGUACCUCAGACGUAACCAAGGGAGUUCUCUGCAUUGGUCAGUGCUGCCUGUCGUCCUUGUGGUUAAUGUAGAGAGAACUGCUGGGCAGGACGGUGAAUGGAGGGGAAAAGAGUUUUAAAGAAAGGAACACAAAUUGUGCUUAAAAUCCCCAUGUGGGUUUUAUUUCUUAAAAUACUGUGAUUUUUUUAAUUAUUUUAGUAAAAAACAAAACAAAAAAAAGAAACAGACUUUAAUUAUUAGAUAACUGUGUGAAUUGUCAUCCUUUAUUCCAGGUAAGCUGUUUAUUAGUGUUCAGCUAUAAUUUAGAAUUUGGUAGGUUCAUGUGAGCUAACUUUAAGAGGAUUGUGGAGUUUUGUUUGCCACGCGUUUAUUUUAUUUUUUUUCCUCAAUUUGAGUGUUACAAACACAGCACAGUUCAGUUUUUUCAUGGAAAUUGUUUUUGUGUGUGUGUGUUGUUUUAAUUUGGGGUUAAGGGAGAUUCAGUUUUUUGUGAAUAGGAAUGUUUUAUUUUAAAUGUGGAAAUAACAAAGACGUUAACUUCCUUUUUUGUUGUUGUUUUGUUUUGUUUUGUUUUUCCUGUUAAUUUAACUAAAGAACCAAACUUUCGGCACAGCUAUGCAGCUCGUGGGCCAGACGAAGAGGUCCUCUUCAUGCUUUCGUUGCUUGUCAGAUGAACACAUUAUCUGUCUCACACCAAGGAUUUCUGUUAGGAUGGGCUGGCUUCUGUGUGUGGUUUCUAAAUCUGUGUUUUUGUUUGCAUUGUGUAUCACGGGAGUCUCUCAUUUAUUUUGGGUGACAAAGGGGUGUAUUAGAAUCCCAUCCCUUUCGUGAGAGUGGAUAAGAAAUGAUGUAUCCACAUAUGAGAUCCCUGGAGAACUACUUUUUUAAAAAAUCUAGCUGCCAGUUACCCUGUUUCCCCAUAUUAAUUAGCUGUUUUGGGAGGGAGCAGCUUAGACAAUAAACCUCAGUCUACAUUUAUAAUACAUUCUGAUUAUGAACAAAGGGUUUUGUUCCAAAAAGUAGAAAAGAACUUUUCUUAAAGCCUAGGUUUAGAAGCCCGUGUGUGUGUGUGUGUGUGUGUGUGUGUGUGUGUGUGUGUGUGUGUUUUCAUGUAUGCGCAUGUGAGUCGUUUGGUUUUCAUGUUUUUGAUUUUUUUUUUAGCUUGGAGGGAAAGGGGGUGGGGGGAGGGCUAAAAGGGAAUGGGGUUGCCAAGAUGACAGUGUCCCACACAGCUUCAAAUCAAGUCCUUGGGAAGAUGUGGCAUUUGUGGAAUAAAUGCUUACUUGAAAAGCAUGUUUUUUUAAUUAUUUUUUUCUUGCUGUUAAGAAUUUUUAUUUUUAGGAUGUUUAAUUUAAUUUUUUUUUUUUUUUUUUACGGACGGGGAGGCCAUCAUGUGGAAAGCAGAAAAUGGGGAAAGUGUGAAGUAUUUAGACAAAAGACUCAUUUUUAUGUCCAUAUUUGUUUUUAAUUGGCCUCAUUUCAAAUGUACUAAGCAGUUCCAUACCUGGAUUGGGUGUUUGUAAUAGUUACCAAAAACAGAACAAAAAAAGGAAAAAAAAUGAAGGAAAAAAGAAAAAAAAGAGAAAAUAAUUGUGACAUGCUUUUAUUUUAUCACUACUUUAUUUUUCAAAUAACAUGUAAAUAUUGUAAUCCAUUGGACUUUGUUUUGCUAACCUGUUAAUAAAAAUAUGGGACCAUUAUCCUUUUAACAAGGCUAGAAUGUCAUUUUUUUUCUUUUUCAAACAUAUACCUGAUAUUUUGUGGCCGCACAUUUUGGAUGCAUUAUUAUAAUUCUGUUGACUGUAAUGGCAUAGAAUUUACAACAUUUUUUUUGUUGUUGUUGUUGCUUAAUUUAUACAGAGGACAUUUUUUUCAGAGCUUGAGAGAAGAAAAUAAAUAGCAGAAUGAUAACCUAUUGACUCCAAUAAUCAGUGUUUCCUAAUACUUGAUAAAAGAUAGGGAGAUCCUGAAUCCUUGAAGCCAAGGGUUUUAAAACAAACAAACAAAAAACCACAAGUAGGUUAUUCAAGUUGUUUGCAACAUACAUUUUGUAAUGAAAUGUGAGAAAUUAAUAAAGAAUUUUUUCACAUGUGU